GCCUGCCGCGAUGUCCUCUUCCAAGCGGAAAAGCAAGGGGCGGCCCCCCAUAGAGAGCGCCGCUUCUCCGCUCGCCUUGCGGGAUGCAGCGCCGGAGCCCCCUGCAUGUCUCAGCCUGGCGGCUGCGGAAUUCCUGGACAAAGCAGAUGACAAAGUCCCCAAAAUGUACAGAACAUCCCUUGUGCAGCUGGCACUCAGCAACAUGAAAUCGGUGGGUAUAUGCAUAGGACGGCCGGUGUUGCUUACCAGUAAAAAUGGAAGACAAGAGGUUUGUACUGCAUGGCCUGUUGCAAGCUUUCCUGGUGGAAGAAUUGGCUUAAGUGGAAUUACCCAGAAAAAUCUGAAAGUGGUACCUGGUGAUGCGGUCAUUGUCCAGCCUGUGACUGGUGCUCUGGUGCAGGCAGAGGAAGUGGAAGUAAAGCUGAGGGCUAAAGAUAGCUGUCUUAAUGCUGAAGAGUUGUCUUCCAGUGUUCUAAGAAAUCUAGAUGGUAAAGUCGUUUUGCCAGGUAACAACCUGCAAAUAACUUUCUAUGGCCGAACUUGUGACCCGAUGGUCACAAAGGUGAAAGGAACGGAUGGUGUUCUGCUGAAAUUGCAAGACAGCUCCUUCUUUAAGCCAGCACAGGAACUGUCACUAGAGAAUUUUGAUACCAGUGAUUCUGAUUUAUCUAUGCAGCUUGGCAAACUGGCCAUCGAAGACCAUCAAGAAGGAGCAUCAACCAGUACUCCAUGCAAGCAGGUGGAUCUCAGCAUAUCAGUUAAUGCUUCCAUAGAUGCUGUGGGGCGUGAGGAACUGAGUCCUGGUCCAACAGAAAUGCUUUUAUUUGAUGACAGUGUUCCUCAGUCUGGAUCAACCAAAUUAAAAGAUAGUGAGAUAGGAAUGGAGGGAUUACUGCAAGCUGGUAAAACAGGAACAGCACUGAACUCAGAGACAUUUUACUUUAUAUCUUCAAGGACUAGGAUCAGUUUCUUUGACUCUCGAACCAAAGUAACGGAAGAAUGCAAUCGUGAAUCAAAGAUUACUUAUGAUUCAAUAGGUGGACUCAAUAACCAACUACGAACCAUAAGAGAAAUGAUUGAACUUCCCCUGAAGCAGCCUGGCCUGUUUAGAAGUUAUGGAAUCCCACCUCCGAGAGGCGUGCUUCUGUACGGCCCUCCAGGUACAGGGAAGACGCUGAUAGCCAGAGCGAUUGCAAACGAGGUUGGAGCUCAUGUCUCCACAAUUAAUGGUCCGGAAAUAAUAAGCAAGUUUUAUGGAGAGAGUGAAGCCAAGUUACGACAAAUAUUUGCUGAAGCCUCUUCACGUCAGCCAUCCAUUAUAUUUAUUGAUGAAAUUGAUGCACUCUGCCCAAAGAGAGAAGGGGCACAGAACGAAGUUGAGAAAAGAAUUGUAGCUUCCUUGCUAACAUUGAUGGAUGGCAUUGGAUCAGAGGGCAGUGAAGGACAACUCGUAGUGCUUGGAGCCACAAAUCGUCCCCAUGCCUUAGAUUCAGCCCUGCGCAGACCUGGCCGUUUUGAUAAAGAGAUAGAAAUUGGAGUUCCCAAUGCUCAAGACCGGCUAGAUAUCUUCAGGAAGCUUCUUAACAAGGUUCCUCAUUCGUUGAUGGCAACAGAGUUGAAUCAAUUGGCUGACAGCACCCAUGGAUAUGUGGGAGCAGACCUGGCAGCAUUGUGCAAAGAAGCAGGGUUGUAUGCUUUGCGGAGAGUACUUGGGGAGAAAAGGAACCUCUUAGAUGAUGAUGUGUCUGGAUCAGUGAUUGUCACUCGCAGUGACUUUCUGCAGGCGAUGAAUGACGUCAGGCCCAGUGCCAUGAGAGAAGUGGCAAUUGAUGUGCCAAAAGUAUCCUGGUCAGAUAUAGGAGGGAUGGAAGAUGUCAAAUUGAAAUUGAAACAAGCAGUUGAAUGGCCAUUGAAACAUCCUGAGUCUUUCAUUCGAAUGGGUAUUCAGCCACCAAAAGGCGUCCUACUGUAUGGACCUCCAGGAUGUUCAAAAACAAUGAUUGCAAAGGCUUUGGCCCAUGAAAGUGGCCUAAACUUCUUGGCAGUGAAGGGACCUGAAUUGAUGAACAAAUAUGUUGGAGAAUCUGAACGUGCAGUCAGAGAGAUAUUUAGGAAAGCCAGAACUGUUUCACCAUCCAUAUUGUUCUUCGAUGAAAUAGAUGCCCUUGCAGUAGAACGAGGGAGCUCUUCGAGUUCUGGCAAUGUGGCAGACCGCGUCUUGGCACAGUUGCUGACAGAAAUGGAUGGGAUAGAACAGCUAAAGGAUGUGACGAUCUUGGCCGCUACAAACCGACCAGAUAUGAUAGACAAGGCUUUGAUGCGACCUGGCCGAAUUGACAGAAUCAUAUAUGUGCCCCUGCCUGAUGCUGCCACUCGUAGAGAAAUCUUUAAGAUCCAGUUUUGCACUAUGCCAGUCUCAGAUGAAGUCCACUUGGAUGAACUUGUCCAACAAACACAAAAGUACUCAGGAGCAGAGAUAACUGCAAUUUGUAGAGAGGCUGCCCUUGCCGCCCUUCAGGAAGAUAUACAGGCCAAAAGCAUUAUGAGACAGCAUUUCCAGCAAGCCUUGGCUAUUGUGACUCCUAGAAUUCCAGAUUCUCUACAGAAGUUUUACGAUGGGUAUCAGCACCAGAGUGGUCUGCAUUCCCUUUGACAAAUGGAUUAAUAAUGGUUCAAUGUGCAAUAUGACUCCAGGAGCUCUUCUAUAAGUUGAAUGGCCUUUUUUCCAUAGCAAAGAAAAUAAAAUCAUUUUUAUAAGGCAAAUGUUUGAACUUAAUUU